GGUGUGCGGGCGGGGGAGGGGUGUUUUUUUUUAAGCGCGCGCGCCAUGUUGUCCGCUCGCAGUCACAGCGAAGCCGAGGCCGGCGGCAUCGAGGAGGGCGAGAUGGCGUCCACCAGGCAGCAGAUCUACGACGGGCGGGCGGCCAAGCGUCAGCGGACCGAGAACGACGGCGGCGGCGGGAGGGAUGGUGGUUUUCUCGAAGACCCUCACAAGCCAUCACCAUCGGCAGUGGUCCAUGUGAGAGGGCUGUCUGAUGGCGUAAUGGAGGCAGACCUGGUGGAGGCACUGCAGGAGUUUGGUGCGAUCAGCUAUGUGGUGAUGAUGCCCAAGAAGCGACAGGCGUUGGUGGAGUUUGAAGACCUGAACGGAGCAUGCGCCUGUGUCAACUAUGCAGCCGAGAGCCAGAUCUACGUCGGAGCCCAGCCUGCCUUUGUCAACUACUCGACCAGCCAGAAGAUCUCCCGGCCCGGCGACUCCGACGAUUCCAGAAACGUCAACAACAUCCUUCUCUUCACCGUGAUCAACCCCGUCUACCCUGUUACAACGGAUGUGUUGUACACCAUCUGCAAUCCGUGUGGGCCUGUGCAGAGAAUUGUAAUAUUCCGCAAGAAUGGAGUCCAAGCAAUGGUGGAAUUCGACUCAGUGCAGAGUGCUCAGAGAGCCAAAGCCUCUCUCAACGGAGCCGACAUUUACUCUGGGUGCUGCACUUUGAAGAUCGAGUACGCAAAGCCUACUCGUUUGAAUGUCUUCAAAAAUGAUCCAGAUACUUGGGACUAUACGAACCCUAACCUGGGAGGACAAGGAGAUCCCAACAAGCGCCCGAGGCAACCCGCUCUACUUGGGGAUCAUCCAUCUGAAUUUGGAGCCCCACAAGGUGGUUACAGUCAUUAUCCUGAGGAAGAUUACGGCCCACCUGCCCAUUAUGAACGGCGGAGGAUGGGGGGACCCCCUCCAGUAGGGGGUCCCCACAGGGGUCCCAGCCAGCGCUACGGCCCUCAGUACGGCCCGCCGCCUCCACCCCCACCUCCGGAGUACGGCCCCCAAGCCGAGAGUCCCGUGCUGAUGAUUUACGGCCUGGAACCUGCCAGGAUGAAUUGUGACCGAGUCUUCAACAUCCUGUGUCUGUACGGGAAUGUGGAGAAGGUGAAGUUUAUGAAGAGCAAGCCUGGGGCUGCUAUGGUCGAGAUGGGAGAUGGGUUCGCAGUGGAUCGAGCAAUCACUCACUUAAAUAACAAUUACAUGUUUGAUCAGAAGCUAAAUGUUUGCGUAUCCAAGCAGCAGUGCAUCAUGGCCGGCCAGUCCUACGAGCUGGAAGACGGCAGCUGCAGCUUUAAGGAUUUCACCGGUUCCAGGAACAACCGGUUCACGACUCCCGAGCAGGCCAGCAAGAACCGCAUCCAACACCCCAGCAACGUGCUGCAUUACUUCAACGCUCCUCCCGAGGUGUCCGAGGAGGCUUUCUACGAAGUCUGCGAUGAGCUGAUUUUGAAGCGGCCAGUGGCAUUCAAAUUAUUUUCAGGCAAGAGUGAAAGAAGUUCCUCGGGCCUGAUCGAGUGGGACUCCAAGAACGAUGCCGUGGAAGCCCUGGCUCUGCUCAAUCACUUUCAGAUGAAGAACCCAAGCGGACCGUACCCGUACACCCUGAAGCUCUGCUUCUCCACUGUGCAACACGCAGCGUAACGGCUCCAUCCCGAUCUUAACACCCGGUGCGGCGGCCGGGCCGGGCGG